UUACACACGCUGCAUAUAGGAAUUAGGGUUUCGCUACGGGUGCUAUCUUUUGUCCCACAAUGGCGGCUACGACGCUCCGCUCCGUACACCGCCACAAUAUCCUUCUGCCCUUCUUCGAAACCUGCCGCCUUCGAGAUCUCUUCUUCUUCUCCUCCUCUGUCGACCCUGCCGCCGCUGUAGGCGUCACCAUUUCUCCAGAUCCCAACUUCAUGGUGGAAUACCUCGUGAACUCCUGUGGGUUCUCCCCCUCCGAGGCAGCCAAGUUCUCUAAACCCCUUGCGCGCCUCCGAUCCACCGAGAAACCCGACGCCGUCGUUCACUUCAUGAGAUCUCAGGGCUUCGAUGGCGCCGGUAUCAGAAAGGUGAUAUCUCGAAAUCCCAAUCACCUAUGCGUGAACGUGGAGAAGAACUUGGCCCCGAAGUUUCAGUUCUUACGCGAUUUGGGCUUAUCGGAGUCGGAUAUCGCCGAUGCCAUCCUGAAGAACGAUGUCAUCCUGCGCCUCGACGUUCACCGUUCCUUGGUCCCCAGAUUGGAGAUGUGGGAAAGUAUCUUGGGAUCGAGAGAGCUCGUUCUCAAGCAUCUCAAGAAGACAAGAUGGUUUUUCUUCUCCAGCGUUGAGAAGACAUUGCAUCCUAACCUAAAGUACUUGAGGGAUGAGUGCGGCAUUCCUGAAGAAAGGGUCUCUGUCGUCUUGAGAAGUCACCCACAAUUAAUCUCACAGAAACCAGAGUCUCUCCGAGCUUUGGUGGCGAGAGCCGAUGAGCUGGGGAUGCCACGGCAAUCUCGGAUGUUCAUGCGGACACUUAAUGCUCUCCACUACGUAACCCAAGAAAGGUUCGAGGCCAAGGUCGAGCUCAUGAGGACCUUCGGGUGGUCGGAGUCGGAGUUUUCUUCUGCUGUCAGGAAAGCACCCACCUUCAUAGGCAUGUCCCUCGAUAUGUUGCGCAGAAAAGUGGAAUUUUUUAUCAAUGUGGUCGGUUACACCCCUUCCUUCAUCGCCGACAAAUCAUCUCUCUUGCUAUUUAGUCUGCAGAAGAGGGUCAUUCCGCGGUUUCGUGUGACGGAAAUGUUGAAAUCGAAAGGGUUGUGGACUGGAAAACACAAGUUUACAUCGAUUCUCUUAUUCGCAGAUACCAAAUUCAUGGAGAAGUUUGUUCUCCCUCACAAAGAAAACGUUCCUGAGCUGCUUGAUAUUUUGAGAGUUGCUGGCACCUGGAAAGGAAAUGAUACCUUGCAUUUGGCAUCGGAGGAUGAGGAAGGGCUUAGCUGAUGGUCUAAUUUGUGACGACGAAGUGGCUUCAAUGGAAUUUGAAAGACCAGUUGCACUGGGUUGAUAAGGAGUCACCAGCUCUUCUGAAAUGUCUUCAACCUCCUUUGGAAUUGCUAAAGCUUUUCUCGCAUCAACAAACUCUUGCAUGCCUCCAUAGUCUUCUGCUCGUCCACUCUUUGUGAUUCCAGGUGCCGAUCUCUUCAUUCUUGGAUUCGGUGGAUGCAACUUCUCAUCAUCAUAGCUGAAGCUUCUGCUCUACUCGAAAGCUUUCGGAAGGCUGCACAACUAAAUUUCUCCAACAUCUGAAUCGAACUAAUUUCCUUGAGUUAGUCGAUUCGCUGGUUCCUUAAGAAUAUUUUGGAUAUCAUUUUAUUUCUUAUUUCAAGUCUUUAUGUUGUUGAUGUGGUCCAUGUUUCCCGCAUCAUGAACCGCGUGUGGCCCAUUGGCUAGUCAAUCUCGGAAGGACUGUAAAUUCUCUAUGUUUUUUUUUUGGGUCUUGUAAUGAUAGAUCAGUCUAGCUCAGUAUCUAAUCCACUUUAAUCUUUUAUGAAA